AUGGACACCAAUGGGCCUCUGGUUGGAUACAGCGGAUGUCAGAGCCUGCGCACGCCUGCAGCGCCUUCUUCACCUUAUGGUCAACAAUACCCAGAAGAAAUUGACCCAGCAUACGGACCACAUUAUGUAGAAUAUGAACCGUCAGAUAAGCCAGAUUUGCCAAGUCUAGAUCGGUCUAUGAGUAUUCAGCAUGAUAGCACCACUAUGAUAGAGGUUCAGCUGAAUCAGCAACCAAGGUUAGUGGGUGAACAUUGUACAGAGUACGAGUCGUCAACUGCUAUGAAAGAGCAACAUUUCGAGAACACCCACCUCAACGACAGGUUCCAACAAAGUCAAUCAACAAUUGAACAGGACUUUAACAGACAGACUAGGGAACCAAUCAAUCAGCGCAGUAGGUUGUUAGAAAAUUCUGUCAACUAUAUUCAACCGCCACAACCAACAGUUCAACUGCCUGUUGAACAUACAGUCAACUUCAACCAACGUCAACAAGCUGUUCAACUACCUGUUGAACGUUUCAACAGGUCACCUCCGACUGUUGCCAACCAACCAAUCAACCACAGGGCUACAGGUCAACAACCACCUCAACCCAAUUUCAACAGGUCGAACCCUUUACCUGCACUUAGGUCUACUCCACCCGUCAGGGAAAGGGAACCUUAUCAACAACUUCCACCGACCGCUAACAGGGCCAAUCAACCACCCUGUCCCAGUUCAACAGGUCAACUACAGUCAACUAGACAACAAAACUAUACCUUUCCAGUCGGUACAGCCGGACAACAAAACAGAGUGAUUGAUAAUCAACAAGAUCAACCACCGAUCAACCAUCCUGUUAAUAUAUCACAUAUCAACAGCCAUGUUCCACCGACACAACAAUUUAACAGAACAGGUCUAUACCAACCUAACACCAACCAGUCAGGUUUUCAACAACCACUCAAUAACACAAUGGGUCAGCAGGGGCAAACGCCUCAGGCCAUACAUAACCAACAGGAAUUUUACAGGCAACAACCGGUGCAACAUCUCCAAAAUGUUACUGCACCUAUACAUCAGACUCAACAGCCAUAUGGAAAUAUACCAUAUUAG